AUGGCUAUACGAACCCCAGAAAAUAUUCAGAGGGUGCAAGAGGCUGCACAGGUGCACACAGAGGCCAACCGGAAUGCCGGACAUCGAUCCUUCCUGUCCUUGCCCCUAGGAGGACUCACGUCAGACACGUGGAAAGAACAUACGGAAUACUUCUUCAUUUUUGGGCUCCUCUUCCUCAUUCAGCUGGAAUAUAUAAACGUGAAGGGGAACGUCGGGGGCCAUUCUCAGCUGGCCAUGCAUUUGCAGUACCACGAGCCGGGAGUCUACAUCUUCAAGAUUCUACUUGACAAGGGCAUAAUUAACAACAUCGUCCACGAUGGAAUGAAGAACGAGGAGUUCGAAGAGCAGAUGUUAGACGACCUGGUCGUAAUCCUAUGCUACAUAUUCACAAACGUCAGCAUUCCAGAUUUCUGGAAAUCAUGCAUCGAGAAAAAAAGGAAACUGAAGAAGUGGAACUCACAUGUUUUUCUUCCAAAACUCGACCCCAAAGUCAAGAAUGUCAUUGAGGAGUAUGAAUCGAUGGUCAGGGAGACGUUUCGAUUCUCCUUGGCUUUCUGCUCCAAAGAUAUAAAAAAGCGACACGGAGAAGAAUGUAGACUUCCCUUGUCUGGGAUUGAAUUUCCAGGCAUUGCGACAUCAUCCGCCCCACCCGUAGGGAGCUUGGAGUUUAGGUUGAAGGAAUCUGCUUUGAAGGUGAAGAUUGUUUCUCGUUUUUCGGCUCUCAGUGACGUCACGGACGAAGACCUCAUCCCCAACCGACACGUCAUCCCUGACAUCAGAAUUGAGGCUUUCACGCCGAUAGAAGUUCUGCCACUCACGAAACCAUGGCAGCGACUCAAUGGCUACGCCUGGGACUUCUACCGACACGGUAUCUAUAAAUGCAUCGAGACAGAAAACAGGAUAAGGGCUGGAGAAGCCUACAAUUUAUUGGAAGACUUUCGAUUCCUGCUUUGUGCCAUCACUACAAGCCUUGAAGUGCUGGACUGGGAUGAAAAA